UUUCUUUCCGCGGAAAUUCAUUGUUUUCAUGACAUCAGCCGGCUGUGUUUGCAUGGCCAAGGGCACAAUGAAAACAAUAUGUUUGACAUCUUUGGGCAAACACGAUAUAAAAAGCUUUAUUAACUCAUUUGAUACUGUUUUGACAGACUGUGAUGGUGUGCUGUGGCUCGGCUCUGAGCUUAUACCAGGUGCUAACAUCGCUUUGAACACGUUUAGGAACCUAGGGAAAAAAAUUUUCUACGUUACAAACAACAGCACAAAGAGUAGAGAGGAGUAUAUAGAUAAGUUUAGAAAGCUAGGCUUCGUAGCAUCAGAAGAGGAAAUUCUAUCAUCUUCAUAUCUAUCAGCACUUUAUUUAAAUGACAUAGGAUUUAAGAAGAAGGUGUAUGUAUUUGGCACAAGUGGCAUAACCAAGGAGUUGGAUAAAGUGGGAAUUCGUCAUACUGAAGUUGGGCCUGAUCCUAUGGUGUGUGAUAUGGGAACACUAGUUAGCUCCAAAAUAAAGCUGGAUCCAGAAGUAGGAGCUGUAAUUGUAGGAUUUGAUGAACAGAUCAGCUAUCCCAAAAUACUAAAAGCAGGCUCAUAUCUCAAAAAUCCAGACUGUCUUUUUCUAGCUACAAAUACAGAUCAGCAAUUUCCUUCAAAAAGCAAUAUAGUAAUACCAGGUGCUGGCUGUAUAGUAGCAGCAGUAGAAUGCUGCGCAGGACGUAAACCAAAAGUCAUUGGAAAGCCUGGAGACUACAUCAGAGAUUACCUUAUCAAGAAGCACAACAUAAAUCCUCAAAGAACGCUAAUGAUUGGUGACAGAGGAAACACAGACAUUCUUCUUGGAACACGCUGUGGCUUCAAAACUUUAAUGGUACUCACAGGAGUGUCAUCCCUAGUGGACAUUGAGCAAUGGGAGAAGUCUGAUGACAAAGAAAUUUUGGGCUGUGUUCCCAAUUAUUAUGUAAACACGCUGGCUGAUGUUGUGCCUCUUUUACCAAAGUAGGCAAUAUGUUCAGUUAUUAAUUUUAAAAAAAUGUUAUUAUCAAUAAAUUAAUGUUAAAGCAA